UGCAGACAUGCCUUCCUGAUGCAGGCAGGGAGAGCUAACACUCUGCGACGGGCCCGUCCGCCAUCAUCAAGUUGAAAUAUCUCUCAGCGACAUCGAGACAACCUGCGCCCAGAUGACGGAUGUUUUUAAAACACAUCGACUUGACCGGGGCGUUGCGUCCGACCUUCGUCAGUGAUGACGAGGACCUGCUCUUCGUGCAAGACAACGUGGGGCUCUAUGAGGGAAAGUUCAAGCUACCAAAUCAUCAAAAUGGGCAGAUAUACCUGACGUCUCAUCGAAUAUGCUACGUUGACAAGGCCGAGCCGCGGAAGCACUCCGUCGCCCUCGACCUCAAGGACGUGGAACGGUUUGAGUUCUACGGUGGCUUUCUCAAAUCUUCGGCCAAGAUCACCUUGAUCCCAAAGCCGACGAAACGCGCCUCGCUCCAACCUCGGUCCCCGGUUGCUGCGGGUGCGCCUUCGCGGAGCAGCACAUCCUCGCCUGCCCAGCAACAUGAUGGUUCAUUCCGGGUGUCGCAGGCUGAUGCCGCCCCGGCAAGCAGUGCAACAUGGGUGUGCACCAUCUGUAGCUUCUCAAACCCGGUGCCGUCCAACUUUGAUCCGACGACCGCCAACGUUCACACUCCUCUUCCGCCAUGUCUCGCCUGUGGCAUCAAGCCCAGCCUGACACAUAUUUUGAAGGCGGCAAUUUCGAACGCUACCAGUAGGCAGCCUAACAGCCCAGCGUUACAGACCCCGCUCCCAGUCCGGCCAAAAUCUGGGGCAGAUCUCUCGCUCGGGCCUGACCUGGCGCGAGAUUCGUCACCUCAAAGCUCCGAUCCGGACGCAUCCUUUCAAUGCCCACGGUGUACUUUCCUAAAUCACCCGUCUUUGCUAUCAUGCGAGAUCUGUGGCGCCGCCCUGAUUUCUCACGACCUGCCUCCUGAGCUGGCGCCGCAGACACGAGCACACACCGAGUCACCCGGCCCGGUCCUCCAUGCCCACAGCCCCCUAGCCUCGGGCGCGGAUAACCCAGAAAGCAUCAAAAUAUCCUUCCGCGGCGGAGGCGAGAAGAUCUUUUACGAGAGGCUCAAGAGCUCCAUGACCCAGCGCAAAUGGCUCCUUCAAGGCGCCCCUCCCAUCCCCAAAGCCCCUCGCCCGGGCGAGUCCUCCCUCGACGGUCCCGGCACCGGAUCGUCGACAUCCGCACCGGCCACCACCACCCCGACGUCGCAGUCCCGCGCGAAGAUAGGCGGCAUCGCCGGCCUAGAGCACCACAGCCAAGCGGUGCGCAAAAACAACGAGCUCGUCAUUGGCUCCGCCUUCGAGGAUCUCGAGGCGCUCAUGGCGUCGGCUAAGGAGGUCGUCGCGCUGGCCGAGUCCUUUGCGCGGCAGGUAAAGGGCGCUUCCAGCGCGGGCGAGAACGCGCUGCUGGCCGACUCGGUCAACCAGCUCGGGCUGGUGGCCACCAAGGACAUCGUCGGCAGCAGCAGCGGCGCGGGCGGGAGCGACUCGCUGUACCUGUCCGAGCUGGCGCGCACUCUGGCCGAGUUCCUUACGGACGACCGGAGGGGGGUGCUGAGGAAGGCCGGCGGGAUCAUCUCGCUCGUCGACCUGUGGGCCAUGUUCAACCGCGCGCGUGGCGGGGUGGAGCUGGUGAGCCCCGCGGAUUUCGAAAAGGCGGCGGCGCUGUGGGAAAGGCUGGGCCUGCCGGUACGGUUGAGGACGUUCAAGUCCGGCGUCAAGGUGGUACAGGGCCGCGACCGGACGGACGAGACCACGAUCAAGGCGCUGUUGGCUUGGCUGAAGGAUCUGCAUGAGAUUCCGCCCGAGCGGGAAGUGCCAUGGGAUUGGCGGAGGUUCGGGCGCGGCGUCACGGCGCGGGAUGCGGCCGAGAGAUUUGGGUGGAGUAUCGGUGUUGCGGAGGAGGAGCUUGAGAUGGCCGAGGAGAGGGGCGUGCUAUGCCGGGAGGAAGGUAUCGAAGGGCUGAAGUUCUGGGAGAACUUCAUCGACACUGGCGAGGGGAAGAGUUAUAAAGACCCGGCAAAGGAGCAGUCGGAUAAGCUCGUCAAGAUGUUGAUGGAGGCGGGAUUUCUUUAAUAGCGGCAGGACGGAAAGAAGCAGAAUUUAGACGACGGUGGACAU